AAGAUUUUUACUAUGCUGUCUAGUAUAAAACGGCGGGGUCUCACCCAGAAAAGGUCUCCUUUGUCAAACUAAUUACUUGGGCUUUUGCCCAACCAUACUGGUGAGAAACAUUAAAGAAUGAACCGCCUCCUUGUAUAGCCCUUUAUAUAGCCACAGCAUAGCUCACCCCUCUCCCCCCCUACUCUCUCUCUCUCUCUCUCUCUCUCUCUUGCUUGCUCUCUCUUACACACACACACACACACACAGAGGUGAGCUGAGCUGAUCGGCAUGGCCGACGUCGAAAUGCGUGGCAGCGGCGAAGAGCCGGGCUUCAAGCUCUUCGGAACGGUGAUCAUAACGGAAGACAGACGGCCAAAGGAAGAGGAGGGGGAUAGGCCAGCGGAACCGGUGGCGGCGGAGAGGGUGGUGGUGGAGGCGGCGGUGAGGGGGACGGCGCUGCCGUGCCCGAGGUGCAAGAGCAAGGAGACCAAGUUUUGCUACUUCAACAACUACAACGUCAACCAACCCCGCCACUUCUGCAAGGCCUGCCACCGCUACUGGACCGCCGGCGGCACCCUCCGCAACGUCCCAGUCGGCGCCGGCCGCCGGAAAAAUCGCCCCGCCCCCCGCAGCGGCGGCGCCGCCGCCGCCGCCGCCUCCUGCAUCCUCGAGUACCCCUCCUCUUCUCACUUGGAUCGCGGGGAGGUCGAGCGGUGGCUGCUGCAGCCGGACCCGCCGGCGGCGAGGCCGAGGACCAACGAGGGGUUCAGACGCGGACUUCGUUGAGUCUUCCGUCAGGGUUGCCGUAUUUUUCUUUUUCGGGGUUUUCACUUCGUGUUUACUUUUCUAAUAUCUUUUUUUUGGUUUGCAAAACGUGUACAUCCCGAGUCUAGCGAUCGCCCAAUGAUAGAAGUAGGAAUAUGCGGCGGUAUCUAAGAAGUAGGUGGAACCAGAGAUGGCUCAUGGUUGGAUUCCCUUUUACUGGGAAACGCUACGCUUGAAAAAUGUUGGAUUCUCACGCACAUCAAUGAGAUUUUUUCUUGUGGUUUCUUGGAAGCUUGUUGAUUUCGUGAAGAUUAGGCAUGGUGCCAGGAAAUUGUGUAGUCCAUCAUAACUUGUUCCAAACCAAAUGGAUAACGAUGGCGGGCUGGAAGAGCUUUUGUCUUCAAGCUUCUUUUUGGCUCGAUAAGGAUCACCAUUUGUGCAACAAUUGUCAGCAUUCGCUUCUUCCCAAAAAAACAAUUCAGUAUUCGCACUGAUACUUCAGUAUACCAAAUGUUUCACAACCUGUGGUAUUUAGGAUCCAUUAAAAAACAGAAGUUUACCACUCGCAAACAUCAAAUUUAUCAAGCAGAAGAUUGCAAUU